AUGUCGUUCCUUACUUUUCUCCUGUCAGACCCCCUUGGGAUUGCUUUGCUGGGGUCUCUGCUCUUCUGGAGGCUGUUCUGUUUCCUCACCCGACCCAAAGAGCCAGCUGGGAAGUGGCCCCCUGGGCCAACCCCUCUCCCUUUCAUUGGGAACCUUCACUUGCUGGAUCUCAGGAGACAGGACAAGUCACUAAUGAAGAUUGCAGAGAAAUAUGGCCCCGUCUUCACCUUUCACUUCGGUCUCCAGAAGAUGGUGGUGCUGACCGGCUAUGAGGCUGUGAGAGAGGCAUUGGUCAACUCUGCUGAGGAGUUUGCUGACAGACCACCCAUCCCUAUAUUCCAGUGCAUCCAGGAAGGCCAGGGUAUAUUUUUCUCAUCUGGGGAACUGUGGAAAACUACUCGUAACUUUACCGUGUCUAGCAUGCAUAAGCUUGGGAUGGGGAAAAAGCUGAUGGUGAAGAAGAUUCUGGAAGAAUUUAGCUUCCUGGAAGGAUUGAUAGACUCUUUCAAAGGCAAAUCUUUCAAGUUGAAACUAUUCAACAUGGCGCCAACCAAUGUCACUUUUCUUCUGCUCUUUGGAGACCGGUUUGAUUAUCAAGACCCAACAUUUGUUACUUUAUUAAGACUCAUAGAUGAAGUUAUGGUUCUUCUUGGCUCUCCCUUCCUCCAUCUAUUUAACUUCUACCCCUUCCUUGGAUGGUUCCUCAAACCCCACAAAACAGUCUUAGUAAAAAUAGAAGAGGUGAGAAUCAUCUUAAGGAACUACAUGGAGGCAAGCAGACAGCAAGUCCCUGGAGGAUACGUCACGAGCUACAUUGAUGAUCUGAUACAGAAGCAGAGCGAGGAGCCAAAGGUGGAGACGUAUUUCUCAGAUGCAAACAUUGUCGCCUCCAUCCUUGACUUGGUGAUGGCUGGUACUGAGACGACAGCUACCUCCCUGCAGUGGGCUGUGCUGCUCAUGGCCAAAUACCCAGAGGUCCAAGCCAAAGUACAAGACGAGCUGGACCGAGUCCUACAAGCAAGCAGGCUACCUGAAUAUGAAGACCAAAAGGCACUGCCUUACACCAAUGCAGUAAUUCAUGAAAUUCAGAGAUUCAUUACCCUUCUUCCCCAUGUCCCUCAUUCCACAUCGGUGGACACCCAUUUCAGAGGGUACUUUCUCCCCAAGGGCACCCCUGUCAUUCCCCUGAUUACUUCUGUGCUUCUUGAUGAGACUCGGUGGGAACCCAAUGAGUUCAACCCCAGCCACUUCUUGGAUGCGGAUGGGAACUUUGUGAAGAAGGCGGCUUUCCUUCCCUUCUCUAUCGGCCGCCGUGUUUGUAUAGGGGAGAGUCUAGCCAAGAUGGAGAUGUUUCUAUUCUUUGUGGCCCUGCUCAGAGAUUCACUUUCCAACCCGCCCCCAGGCAUCAAAGAGUCUGACCUGGACAUCACCCCUGAGGCAACCUUCACAAUGAGGCCUCAGCCCCAGUCAGUGCGUGCAGUGCCAAGGCCCUAA